ACUUUCAGCCACUGCACCCCCCCGCCUUCCCCCCGAGUCCCUCCGCCCACCUCUGCCGGUGCCAGGGCCGUGCUGGAUUGUUUCCCGCAGCUCCCGUCCCACUGGGGGUGGGAAUGUGGGGGGGGGGGGACAGUCCUGGGCAGCCCCCAGGGCUGAACCAGGAGAGCAGGGGUUGUGCAUCCUCCAGGUGGGAGGAUGAAGCUGCUCUCCCAGAGGAGCCUCAGCUUUGUUUUUCUCUCUAUGCAGCAGGGGCAGAGCUGCAGAGUAGGCUAUGAUUCUAUCCUAUGAUUCCCUGUCACCCCCCCCUUGGCUAAGGAAGCUCCUCCACUAGCCGGGGGACAAGGGCUGCUUUAGGUUGGAUCCUGCUCUGAAAAUGACGCAGUGAGGAAAAGCAGCUCCAUCUCUGUGUGGGCACAGACCAGGAGGGAUGCAGAGGGGGCCCCCCUCACACCUGGGGUCCAGCUUCUCCCAUCCCUGGGGGGCUCAGCAGGGCAGGUUUUUGGCAUCUCAUCACCUUCAGCUUUUUGCAUCAGCACAGGGACAUGUCCCAGAUCAGUCUUGGUGAGCUCUGACUCCCAGGAAAAACAGAGACCCCAAACUGAGGGGAAAUGAAUCCCUAAUUGAGAGUAAGGCUGCCCCUGGCCCAGGCCCAGGGCUGAGAGCAGGAGACCCCCAUGGGAGGGCACUGGGCUGCCCCCCAAUUAGCAGCUCGUCAGUGUAAUGAGGAGCACAUGAGCCAGGGGCUAUAAGUAGCUUGAGGGCCCCAUCCUGGGCUAGGUCAGGUUUCUCUUCAGUCUGGGCUUCAUGGAGCAGCAGCAGCUAAAGCUGGGCUCAAACCCAGAGCAGGUGAGACCCCUCACCAGCAAUGAUCCCCACUCCUUCUUCAGCAGGUUCCUGGGCCAAAUCCUUCAGCUGAGCUUUGUCAAGUACCUGCUGAAGAUGCUUCAGAAAGCAUGGGUCUGGAUUGGAUUUGUGAUCCCUGUGGAGACCAUGAUCAGCCAACUCUGCCCCACCCGGUCUCCCCCCAGGCCCGGCCGACUGGCCAGGAAGCGCCAGGGGAGACUCGUGUGCCUUCUCCUCUCCGUGGUGCCCACCAGGAUCCAGAGCAUCCUGGGCUCCCUGCCAGCAGACUGGGGCCAGGGCAACCAGCCCAGGGAGAUCCUGGAGGCUCCAAUCAACCCUUCCAGCAAAGCCAGCAAGAGGAAGAGGGAUGAUGUGGCUCUGGAGGAGCAGGAGUCCUGGUUUGUGGUGCUGGAGAGGGACUUGCCGGAAGAUGACUCUGAAGACCUCACAUAUGAGCCCUCGGAUGAGGAGUCAGACAGUGAGGAGUACAGGUCCCACAAUGACACUGAGGCAGAGCUGAAGCUGGAAGAGCAGGAUGGGAUCACAGUGAUGCUGAAGGAGUCCUUGGAUCCCCAGAGGACACACAACCCUCAGGAACUGGUGGUGCUGCCAGGGCUGGAGGAUCCAGCUGGGUCCAGCAGUGGGGAAGGUGCUGCAGACGUGGGCAGUGGUGAUGGUGAUGCCCAGAAGCCCCAGGCUGAUGUGAGCAGUGGGCAGGAGGCUGAUACAGAGUGAUGACAGCAGCAGUUUGUCCCAGGAAAACCAGGAAGCCUGACCCAUGGACCUGGACCUUCUGGGGCUGCAGAGUUCCUGACUCCCUGGGGCCACUGUGUCCCUGAGUAAGAUGUCCAGUUAAAUGCUAUGUUGUUUUUUGAAGUUUAUAAUAAAAUUGCCCUAUUUCUCCCUGUGAA